UUCGGACCUCCAACAAAACAACAUGCUCCACUGUUUCACCGGGACUCCAUCCAUUUAAAAAACCAAACCACCACUAAAUCACCUUUUUUUUUUUUUUUUCUAAAUCCUCGGACAUUUUCUGGAAUCCCUGAACACAAAUCUCUUUUAAAAUUGUCUUUUUGGAGAAGUGAAGCAGCCCAAACUUUGUCUUCUGUUUACGCCAAAUUUGAGAUGGCUCACAGGGGAGAUUCCUUGAAAACGGCUGAUUUCAUACGGACUAACCCAGAGUCCAGUGGAGAUGUCCCGGCCUCCCUCUUCCCAGACGACUCCUCAGUUUUACAGAGUGAGUGAGAGAGACCUGACGGAGAUCGAGCUGCACUCUGUGGACUCCAUCAACGACCUGCACCGCACCCACCCGGACCACAACCACAAAGUCAGACCUCCUCGUCCCGCCUACACUCCGUCUCUAAAUGGAAAUCUGCACUGCUUCGACGCCUUGGCUGUCAAUCAAACGUCUCGACCGAUCAGCUCGUGGCAGAGGCGGCUCCAGGACAUGUUCACGCCCACCUCGUCGCGGGCCUACGCUCUGGGCUGCGCCAUCGUCACUCUGCUGCUGCUCACCGUGCUCCUCAUCUUCUACUUCUUAGUCCAGCAGGGCGGCGCUAUCCGUAUGCUGACAGAGGCGGUGAAAGAAAAGAAAACAGCGUCGACAGAGCUGACGUUACUGAUCCAGGAACUGCACAAGCUGAGACACAACCUCACAGCCCUGACCGGGACCUCAUGACUAAAACUGGACACUGUUUUCACUGUAAAAGAAUCUGUAAAAGUCUCUGGUCUAGAUAAAACAUAAAGCAUUUAUCGUUUAUGAUCGUAUCUCCGUGGAGCUGUUAUUGCUUUGCCUGGAAUGUUUCGCAGUUCGACGCUGUGUCUUCUUGGAGGCCACAGUUACAGGUCGGAUCUAUGAAGAGGCGACUCCAAGAAUGUAUCAGAGUUCCCACUCUUUUUCACUGACAAAAUUUCUAAACUUUCCCAUGAUUUUUUCAUGACCUAAAUUGAAUUUUCCAUGACUUUACAACACCUACAUGUGUAGAGUUGAUAAGACUUUUAGGUCUAAAUAUGAAAUGUUAACUCUUUCCACUCACCUUAUGGUUUGAUAUUAUAGUUUUUUAACCUUCAAAA